AAAAAAUAACGCUGGAUUGCUGGAGACCUGGAGUAACCUAAGGUCCUAAACCUAAUUCUUUUCUCCUUUCCGCCGUUCUGGCUCUUCUCCUCUCACCGUGUUUCUCUCUCAAAAAUCUUUCACUCUGCGAAUAUCCUCAGUCGAAGCCUCCGGGCCGCCGGGCCGCCGCUCCUCCUCUCCAAUCUCCAUCUCCAUCAUCUUCUCUCAUACGUAACGAGUUCGCCUGACCGUCGCUCCUCCUCUCCGUCUCCAUCAUCUAAGUUUGUCGAAGUUUUCCAGGGACUAAUAUAUGGAUUUUUCAAGUAGUGGGGAAAUGCAUGAUUCUUCUGCCACAAGUCAUGCUCCUCCAAACGCGAAUUUGGUAUCUCGAAAUGAUGACUUGGAGUACCAAGCUUCUGCAAUGAGAGAAGAUCUGCCCCCUAUUGAGCCAAGUAAUCCAUUAAAACGUCCUGCUAGUGUUGAUGUUGCUGCCCCUUCAGAUGGAACUAAAAAAAAACAGAAAAAAACGUUCUGUUCAAUGGGAUAACUAUGAAGUAAAGAUUAUAAAUGGAGAGGAAAAGGCUCAAUGUUUGUAUUGCACGACUCUUAUUGGGUGUGCAACAACUUAGGGAACUUCUGCACUAAAAAAUCAUAUAUUGAGGUGUAAGGCUUACCCCCCAAACAUUGACCAAAAACAAAGGUUGUUGUCCCUAAGUCAACAAACUCAAUCAACUCUUGAUGCAAAUCUGGUGGAUCAAAAACAAGGAAGACUCGACUUGUGGAAAUUCAACCAAGAAGAUACCAGACAAGCAUUAGCUAAAAUGGUGAUAAUGGAUGAAAUGCCUUUUCGUACGGUGGAGCAUGAAGGUUUUCGCAACUUCAUGAAGUUCGUCUUAUCUUGUGCGGCGGCGCUAUUCUUCUACGACGAUCGGAACUCUUCCAGCCUGUGGGAAGCAUUGAAUUCAUUACCUGACGCAAUUGAAUUGGUUAGUUAGGCAAACCUUCAUUCCUAGAUGAUCAUUCGAUUGGUAAAUAGUUCAUUGCUUCCCACAUGCUUGAAAUCUUUCCGCCUUUGGUUACUGGUUAGGAUGGUGGUUUGAUUAACAACUUGAUAGGUUGUUAACAGGCAGGACAAGUGUUGCAAGCAUCAUUGCUCGGUUUGGUUCCGAGUGUUUCCGGCUAUCCUUGCUUUGCCUCUUGAGUGCGUUAGAUUAAACAGCUGAUGGUUUGUGCAGGGAACUGAACAUUUGGAAAUAGGUAGCGUGCCACCUUAUGUGAUGAAUCAAUUCUUGAGUAGUUCGUAUGUAAGCCGUCCAAGAUGCAGCAAGCGCAUGAGGAGUGUGCAGGCCAUGGCUGAGCCUACAGGUUCAUGCAGUGAGUUGCCUGAGGUUAGAACACAACCACCCAAGAAACCGAGGGCAAAGAAUACUAGGCCAAAACCACCAAAGGUGCCUGCUGCAGUGAUUGGACAGCCAUUACCGGCUGCACCUCUUGCACUAUCUCCACCUGAAUAUUGCCCAAAAUGUUCUGCAAAGAAGUUCCAAUUUGAGUCGCUGCACUUUUGUUGCGGCAAUGGAGAAAUUAAACUAGCUUCCAAUGCAUACCCAGAUGAUCUUGUAAAGCUAUUUGAUUCCCGAGACAGUGAUGCUGUGCAUUUCAGAACAUAUGCACGGCUUUACAAUAAUCUAUUUGCUUUUAGCUCCCUUGGGGGGGACUUAAGUUCGAAGACCGAAAAAGGCAUAUAUGUAUUUAAGCUACAUGGGCAAAUAUAUCACUAUCUCCCUAAUUUGCUUCCCACUAAUGACAACCUUAAAUAUUUGCAACUAUACUUUUAUGAUGGCCAACACGAGGCUGAAAAUCGGGUAGGCUGUUUCCCAGAAUUAAAGCCAGAAAUUAUCGCUAUCCUAAUGAAUGUCAUGCAAAGAAACCCAUAUGCUAGAUUUUUUAGAUCCUUACAAGAAAUGGAGGUCCAUGAAGAUACCCAGAUUUUACUUAACAAAAACACUGUGCUAAAUCAGAAUGUCUAUAACGCUCCUACAUCCGAUGAAGUUGCAGUCAUUUGGUCUGAAAGCACAUCUUCCAGUACAAGUAGAAGUCCACAUAUAUUGGUUUCCGGAAAAUCAAACAGUUCCCAUAGAAUAAUGCAUUAUUAUGGUUGUUAUGAUGCACUUCAGUAUCCGCUCUUAUUCCCAUUUGGAGAUUGUGGAUGGCAUCAAGGGCUUAAAAAGAUGUCAACGGGUGGGCAACAACAGCUUGCCACUCAUCAGGAUCCUGUCUUAUCGUGUGCUGUCCACACUGUUGAAGACUUCUUGGCUCAAGAAGAUAACCUUGCUCAUCAAGGUCGGGAAGGAUCAGCUAAGCAUAUCUCUUGCAGAGAGUAUUAUGCUUAUAAGCUUCAGAUACGCCCUUGUAACAUGCUGCUAAGGGCAGGGAGGUGCUUCCAACAGUACAUUGUUGACAUGUACGUGAAGAUUGAAAACACUCGCUUGGACUUUUUCCGAAAGAACCAGCAAACUAUCAGGGCAGAUUUGUACCAAGGUAUACUCGACACUGUCGAGAGCGGUGAAAACAGUGCAGCUAAUGUGGGGCAUCGAGUUGUGUUACCACCAAGUUUUCUGGGGGGGGCUAGGGAUAUGAAAAAGAGGUAUUUGAAUGCGAUGUCCUUAGUUAAGAAGUAUGGGAAGCCUGAUUUGUUCCUUACAAUGACGUGCAAUCCUAAUUGGCCAGAGAUUAAACAAGAGUUGGCUGUCGGAGAGGAGGCACAAAACCGGCCAGAUUUAGUUUCAAGGAUUUUCCGUGCUAAACUGAUAGCGCUAAAACACCAUAUCAUGAAAAAAAAAAUAUUUGGUGAAGUUGCUGCUAUGAUAUAUGUUGUUGAGUUCCAGAAACGGGGGUUACCGCACGCUCAUUUCCUUGUUAUCCUUAAACCCAAUUCUAAGAUUAGAAGCCCUGCUGACUUUGAUAAGUUUGUUUCUGCUGAGAUCCCUCCUCUUGCCAACCCUCACUUGAGGAAGAUUGUUCUUCAACACAUGAUGCAUGGCCCAUGUGGACAACUGAACCCUGAUUGUGCGUGCAUGAAACGGAAAGGUAAUGAGGGGCACUGCAAGUAUGGAUAUCCGAAAAAAUUUGCUGCCGAGACAACUAACAGCAGCGAUGGAUACCCACUUUAUAAAAGGAUAGAUACUGGAGAAAGUGUUUGUAUUCGCAGGGUUAAUAUGGAUAACAGGUCAGUUAUUCCGUAUAACCCGUACCUAUCAUCACUUUUUGAUUGCCACUUAAACGUUGAGGUUUGUUCGACCAUAAUGGCAGUCAAAUACCUGUACAAAUAUGUGUACAAGGGCCAUGACAGGAUCUCAUUCAACGUGCAGGAUGGUAGCACUGCUAUUGUUGAUGAGAUACAACAGUACCAGGCUGGGAGGUGGGUUUCCCCGUGUGAGGCAGCAUGGAGAAUUUUCGGGUUCGAUCUGUUUGAGAUGUUUCCAUCGGUGUUGCCUCUGCAAAUACAUCUGCCUAACUUGCAGACAAUCCAGGUAAUGCCUCAUGAGAAUUUAGACGAGAUCAUUUUAAAUGAUAAAAGAUCUCGAACUCAACUUACAGAAUUCUUUAGGAUGAAUGCUGCCACACCUGAUGGAACGGGCUAUACAUAUGCAGAAUUUCCAGAGCAUUAUAAGUGGGAGGGUAAAGAAUGGAAAAAAAGAAGCAACAAGACCGUUGUUGUUGGCAGGCUCACUUUUGUAGCACCUGCUGAAGGGGAACGUUACUUCCUCAGAUUAUUACUGAUGCAUGUGGAUAGCCCGCGAUCCUUUGAUCAUCUCCGAACUGUUGAUGGAUAUAAGUGUGCCACUUUUCAGGAGACAGCUCUGCGGCUGAAAUUGCUAGAGGAAGACAACGCUGUCGACUUGUGCUUAGCUGAAGCGUGUGAAGUGCAAAUGCCGACUGCAUUCCGACAGCUCUUUUCAACAGUGCUGAUCUUCUGCCAGCCAAGUGACCCCAAUGCCCUCUGGUUAAAAUACUACGACGCUCUCUCUGAAGAUUAUAGGCACCAGUAUCCGAGUUCUGAUAGCAGGUCAAGGGAGCUCACUGUUAGAUCUGUUGAGCAAUCUCUUGAAGCAAUGGGGAAAUCAUUUAGAGACUUUGGCCUACAACAUUUAAAUGAUUUUCAAGAUGAAGAGUUCAGGCGAACAAAAGACAUUAUCGAUGCACUUGAUGCACCGAUACCUCGGGACUGUAUUGAUGCCCGUAACACAUUAAACCAAGCACAGCAGGAGGCAUUUGACAGCAUUAUUGACCACGUUCUUAAAGGGAAACCUGGUGCAUUCUUCAUAGACGGGCCCGGAGGAACAGGUAAAACCUUCCUAUACAAUGCUCUCUAUGCAGAGGUUCGUUUGAUGAACAAGAUUGUCCUACCAACUGCGACAUCUGGAAUUGCAGCAUCAAAUAUACCUUCUGGGAGGACUGCUCACUCUCGGUUUAAAAUACCGAUAGAUUCUGAUGCUUCCCUUGCUUGCGAUGUUCCUAAACAGGGCAGUCUUGCAUGUUUACUAAAAGAGACAUCGUUGAUUAUUUGGGACGAAGCUUCAAUGGCAAGGAAAGAAAAUGUUGAGUCAUUAGACAUGCUUCUACGAGACUUGUGUGAUGAGAAUACCCUUUUUGGUGGCAAGCUUGUGGUUUUUGGUGGCGACUUCCGUCAGGUCCUGCCCGUCCUACCCCGCAAAACACAGCGAGAAGCUGUUGCUGCUAGCUUAGUGAGUUCUGUUCUUUGGCCUCGGUUCAUUAGGUUCAAUCUCACUGAAAAUGUUCGGGCAAGAGAAGAUCCCUACUUUUCUGCGUUUUUGCUUUCUCUUGGAAAUGGUGAGCUGCAAACCGGCGAGAAUGACCUUGUGCAAUUGCCAAUGCAGAUAGUACACCCAUCUGAGGUCGCUUCUGAUCCUAUUGCCGAACUUACUGCAAUUGCAUUUCCCGAGGUAGAUGUUUGCAGGUCCACCCCAGGCAAUUUCACAACAACGGCUAUACUGACCCCCCUGAAUGAAGAUGUUGAUGAUAUCAAUGCUACCCUGAUAGACAAAUUCCCUGGAGAAUCUGUUAUGUACAGGAGUUUUGAUACAGUUCUUGAUGAUAAUAGCGCGAUCUAUCCUCCUGAAUUUAUACACACCCUCUGCCCAGGUGGAAUGAGCCCAUACAAGCUCGUCUUGAAGAAAAAUUGUCCAGUUCUUCUGCUUCGCAAUAUCCUGCCUUCGUCUGGCCUGUGCAAUGGGACACGUAUGAUAUGCAAGAAUUUCUACCCGAAUCUGAUUGAAUGCAUGAUCACGACUGGGCAGCACAGCGGAAGCCAUGUUUUUAUACCCCGAAUUAGGCUUCGGCCGUCUGCAUCUUCCAAUUAUCCUUUCCAAUUUCAGAGGAAACAAUUCCCUAUAAAACUAAGCUUUGCAAUGACGAUAAACAAGUCACAAGGGCAAACACUAAGCCAAGUCUCCAUCUAUCUUCCCCAGCCGUGUUUCUCCCAUGGUCAGCUUUAUGUGGCAUUGUCUCGUGCUAGAAAAGCAUGUAACGUCAAAGUUGUUUCAAAACAAUCUCCGGGACACCAACCUGAGCACCAUGUUAGAAAUGUCAUCUCUUAUGAUGUGCUCAGAUUAGCCGGUAUCAUAUGAUAUACAGUUGUUGCUCCUUUUUGUGCCUUUUGGUUUGUGCUGCAAAUAUGCCCGUGAAAAACAGCCCACCUGUGUAGAAAAUCAUGCAAGCACAUGCAUUCUAAUGUCAUCUGCAGGUUCCUGUUGCAGAGGAAAUGUAUGAGCGAGGUUCAUGACGUAUCCCCUCAUUUUGCCCACAGUUCCAAUGGUG